AUGAGCACGACGAUAAGCAUGGCAAAAGCAACGGAUACUACUAAUACUAAUAAUGAUAACAGGAACGACGACGACGUGGAGAAACACGCCUCCGCGGGUGUUUCUCGGGCGUCGUACGGAGACAUUUUUCGAGCGUUCAUCUUGAUGGGCUGGACCGCAUUCGGUGGGCCAGCUGCACACAUUGGCAUUUUCCAAAAAGUCUUCGUCGAUGGUAAAAAAUGGAUUUCGAGCACCAUUUUCGCGGAAUUGUUGAGUUUAGGCCAGUGCAUGCCCGGACCGACGAGUACGCAAGUCAGUUUUGCUCUAGGCGUGACGCAGAGAGGCGUUCUCGGUGGCCUCUUAUCGGGAGGUUUGUUUCAAUACCCAGGAUUGAUUUUGAUGACUUUAGCCGGGGCGGGCGCGGCUGAGGCGCUGACGAACCCGUCGAGCUUUUUGAAAGGGUUAGUCAGUGGUCUCUCCGUGGCUGGCGUGGCGUUAGUAGUGGACGCGGCGGUGAAUUUGUCCAACGGGCAGUGUAAUAAGAAUAACAUGACGAGACUGUUGGGACUCACGAGCGCGUGUUUCGCGUAUUAUUACAAAACCGCGUGGCUGUUUCCGUUGCUGAUUGUUUUUGGCGGUUUGGUGAGUUAUUUCUUCGGCGCGGAUAAAGAUAUCGCGGAAAGAAACGAACAAGACGACGAGGUGGCGAGUUACGGGGCUACUAAAAUCGUUGGCGGUUUCUUGAUUCUUUCCUGGGCGAUCGUGUUGGUGCUCAUGGUCACCGUCGCGAGUCAAACGAAUUACGAUUCGAAUCAGUAUUCGCACUGGUUUGCGGCGUUUUUUAGAACUGGGAGCAUAAUCUUCGGUGGCGGACAGGUUGUUUUACCUCUGUUGUUAGACGAUGUCGUUUCGUACGAUUCGAGUCAGCCGGAUAACAUCGCUACGAACAGUUGGGUUACCGAGGACCAGUUUUUCGCCGGAUUGGCGCUCGUGCAAGCGUCUCCGGGGCCGAUGUUUAACUUUGCCGCGUAUUUAGGUGCCGUGAUGGCGCAAAGAGCCGGUAAAAGUGUCGUCGCUGGAGCGUUGACGUGUUGGACAGGCUUAUUCGCCCCGGGCGUGACGUUAAUUUUCGGCGUCUUGCCGUUUUGGGGUUACAUUCGAACGUUUCAAGCGUACCAAAAAAUGCUUCCGGGUUUGAACGCCAGCGCGGUUGGUUUAGUCGUCGCCGCAGCGGUGCAGAUGUUUUUGAAAGUCAGAGAAAACUCGCCGUUUCCGAAAUUUGCCGUAGUCAUCGGUAUGUUGACCUUAUUCGGAACGAGGUACGUGAAAAUGCCAAAUCCAAAGUUGGUCGUUUUACAAGCGCCUCUCGUCGUCGCUUUCGGAGGUCUGCUGGGGAUACUCGCUUGGGCGACUGGAUGCGAUUAA